AUGGAAAAAGGCCCGUUAUUUGUGUCUUCAUUCCACAUCGAACCAAAAGGACUUGAAGGUGUCAACUUGUCGCAUACAAAACGCACUAUUCCCGACAAUUUUGAAGCCAGGGUCGAGCUCAAACGAUUAGCCAUGGAGAUACCCGAAUCCAAUGAAGUUCCUUCCAUAUCAAUGAAAAAGAAAACACGCAAGCCUCCUAAUUACCUACGUCAUAGCGAUCGAUGCUGUAUUAUUAAGCGUGUCGCUGGUGGAGAGCAACAAGCAGCUCUGGCGCGAGAAUUCGGUGUCACGAGAGCAGCUGUCUGUCAGAUUUACAAAAACCGAGACGAGAUUCUUGCACGCGGGGACGACAUGGAACCACAGCAGGUUACUCUUAUUCAAGACCCUAGGGUAUUGCAAAGUCUAAGAAGCAAUGACGCGCAGCCAUUGAAAAACACGCGGAACAUUGCUGCAUCUCAGCUGCGAAAUCUGGAAUUCCGUUCGAAAAGAGUCAUGCUCCUUUUGGCGGUAUUGCGAGAUGCAAAUACUAGUCCAGUCGCUUUUCGACGUGCAGCUGCUCGAGUAACAUUUAUCUUAGUGGAAGAAGCUCUCGCGACGUACGACUAUGAUGAGAUCGGCCGCGUUGUCAACACUGAGCGAGGCUAUGCUAGUGCCGCUUAUUGUGCGGUCACCUUGGGUAGUGCAAGUGUGUCAUUCUUGACGGCUUUUGGCCAGAUCGACCCCAACCUUGCAACAGGUCAGAUCCACGUGAAGGCGGUACACCAGGAUGGCAUCGUGAACUGGCAGCUUCAGUAUUUGGACGUACCUGACAAUAUUGCUAGCUUCGAAGUGUUGCUGUUCUCAACGUCAGCAAACGGCGGGGCUGAAUGCAAGGCCAUCGAGGCGUUGCGAAGAGUUGGCGUAUUGGAGAGCAGUAUAUCGUUAGUCAUGGUCGUCUGCUCCUCGCAUGGUUGUGAAGAAAUCUCGGGUCGUUAUCCAUACGUCACGAUUAUUUCUGCCGCCAUUGACGACAAAUGGACAUUACACCAGGCGCUGUGCCCCGAGAUUGUGGUGCCGUUCUCGUACGCAUCUGUCAAGAAUGAUCAAGAUGGGCGCUAA